AUGUCGAUCAUGACGGUUACAAAGCUUAAACAUUACAACUUUGGUGUUGAGAUCGAAGCUGUUGUGAAGCCUUAUGGUCCUGUGGAAAGUUUUACCAACGUUGACUGGUAUCGACAACUUGCCCAGAAACUAAGGAACCGAGACAUUGCAGCAGUACACGAUGACUGCUCAAAGUACAGCAAACACCCAGAGUACUACGGUGGCAAGUGGUUUGUCACUAGAGAUGGUUCUCUGAAGAGAGAGCGUCCUAUGGUCUGCAUGGAAGUCGUCUCCCCUCGUUUGGAUACCAAGCAACCCGUCAGUCAAAUCCUCGGUGACUUCUGGGAAGCCAUGCGAGUGCACUUCAGUCCUCAGCGCGACAUCUCCUGUGGAGGCCACGUCCACAUUACUCCCGUCUCCAGUCACAACAAGUUCUCAUUGCGCAGUCUCAAGAAGAUUGCUUUUGCAACGGUCCUCUAUGAAGAUUUCGUCGCGGCCAUGCUUCCUAGGGUCCGUCGUGAGAACCAGUACUGUCGCCCCAAUAGUCAGAGUAUGGGUUCUGGACUGCGCGACACGCUGUUGAUGUUUGGGAGGAACAAGAGCUCACUGAUGAAAGUAGCGGCAUCAAUCAAGGCUGCAACAUCAGAGAUUGACUUGUGCUACUACAUGCAAGGAAACAGAUACGUGCUCUGGAAUUUCCAGAACAUCUUCCCAAGUCCCAAGACCGGAAAAUGCACUGGCACGGUGGAAUUCCGAGGUGGUAACCAAUUCCUGAACACAACCGGAACCCUUGCCUGGGUGGCAUUUGUGAUGGGUUUCAUCACGUUGGCUAUAGAGGAGGAUCUCAUCAACAAGUUUACUAUCUUCACAACAUCUGAUGAUCCAAAGUUCCAAGCACGUAUUGAAAGCUGGUGGAAACGGAUUCGCUCAUCGGCCAAGGCAUCCAAACUUAGCCGAUAUCUCCCUUCGGAGUAUACUGCAAUGCAUACCCGAUAA